AUGGCUGAAGUUUGUUCUCCUAUCUCUAACGGUCGUCAUUUCAUGGGCCUCACUGAUGGCUUUCCAAUUCCCCAAACGAAGGUUGGAGCGAUCCAGCAGAUGCUUGGAGUUCCACUAAUAUCCAAUCAUCCUAAUACUGUGCCUGUCUAUGCGAGAACACAGUAUUGUGAAAUUAAUAAUGCUUUCGAGAUUGACACUGGCUUAAAUGAAAAUGGUAGCCCGAAAAAUUUCGAGAAGAUCUCCGACAUGAUUAUUCAACCACAAGCCAUUGGAUUAAUUCCAGCUUCGGAAUGGUCACCUCGCCCAAUGACCUUAAAACAAAUAAGGGACACAUAUUUCACUCGUCGCAAUGGAACAGCUCGACAGUUCGAUCUUAAGUUGUACAAUGCCCUAUGCAUCACAAAAGCGGAACCAACCGCAGCACCAUUUAUAGGUGUUGAGUGGAUCGACUCUAACCAUUUUAAAGUCGAUGAAAAGGUAUUUUCCCUUUUCCUUGGUACCAAAUGCGAUAACAAUGCACUCUUCGACAAGCAAGGCUCUUUUUCCAAAUAUGGAUUUGAGCAAGUUUAUAAGGGCGCUAACCCUGUACUGUCAAGGAAUCCAACGUGUGAAAAUGUAGAUGAUAACACAGUUAGGAUUUUUACUGAUCCAUUGCAUCGCUUUGAUCGUGAUAACUCAUUUAAUCGUGUUGAAUUGUAA